AGAAGCACCGGGAGCAGUGAAACAAAAGAGAUCACCAACUACAGACCGAAAACUGUCGGAUCGUGCAAGUGAAUAUGCUUUGAUUCAGUAUCUAUCUACACUUGUGAAGAAAAGAAAUAUUAUAGAAUCUUUCGACUUUGAUUUCGUUGAGUAUUUAUUAGAGAACGGGGCAAAUAUUAAUCAUUGCGAUGUCAUUGGACAAUCACCAUUUCAUAUUGUGGCCAAGUAUUGGAAUAUUGAUGUCGCGAGAUUUUUACUUGACAACGGUAGGUGGAAGUUGAGUAUAUGCUUGUACAAACGGCAGCGAUUUGUUGCGUCCUUUCCACGUCAAUUUUCAUAUAUUCUCGAGCAUAUAAGUAGACGUCUAGACGUGCUUCAAGACUGUCUCUCAAAUAUUUCGAGAAAAUGGGUUUUUAUUUGGGAGCAAUAAAGAAAAAUAAAUUUAAAUAGAGAAUAUAGAAAUUCAUGAAAACUCCCAAAUAUUUGAAGAGACAGACUUUGGCAAGCCUAAUAGAUCUGAUAGACUCCGCCGGUGUAUGACUCAUGCCGUGCUUCUGAGUAUAGUAUGUUAUUACUAUAUUAUUACAACGUUGUACGAUAAUCAUAUUAUUUGUCACUUUCUCUGUGACAAAUGAAGGACGAUAUAGGUCGACGGCCGUUUCGGAGUGAUUUCUCAGUCCUAUACAGACAUGCAAUCCUAAAACGAUAAAUAAAAGAAAUAUUAAACAAAUAGAAUUAUUUUCGAAUAUUUCCUGAGUUUCAUUCUUUAUGAUACGUCAAAAACGCUCGCUUCAGGCAUCUGACGUGGGGGCCUGUAUAUAUCCCCCUCCCCUCCCCAAAUUCACAAAAAAAUUAAGAACGCACGUACAACAAGCAGUUAAACCAUAUUACAGAUUUACAGUAGAACAAAGAACUUUCAAGCUUCAUCACCCAGUUCCCUUCACUCUUCGGAUCCCAAUGUCAUGCAUAACAAAUGAUUAAUAUAGCAACAUUUUUAUUUCCUAUAGGUGCUGAAAUCAAUGCUCAAGAUUGUUUCGGCCGUUCGCCGCUGCAUGAAGCUUGUGCGUUGAACUACGUCGAUAUGGUAGAAUUCCUUCUCCAGAAUGGCGCGAAUAUCGACAUCCAAACUUUUGAUCAAAAACAAAGACCAAUUCAUUUUGGUGCUAAAAACGAUUCAUGUCAAUGCUUGACCAAGUUACUAGCGUAUGGAGCUGAUAUUAAUUCUCUUGAUAGUAAAAACAGAACACCACUUCAGGUUUGUUAAAUAUACUACCCGCGUUAUUGAAACUAAAUAUAGCUACGUGCAUGCAUAGAUCCAUACAUAUAGAUCCUAUUAUAUAUCCUUUGAGUUUUGUUCUUUGUUUUCCAUGGUUUUAUAAAUGGGACACACGCUUUUCAUUGGAUUUUGAUCAAGUGCAUGCAUGGUAUCGCAAACCACUGGUGCUGUAUAUCCAACCAGACUACACUCAACUUCUCACUAGCUUUAGAAAGCUUAGUAAUUAAAGUAAAACAGAGCUCAGUUCUUCAAUACUCUGUUCUCCGUUUAACUGCAGCGGAAAUUCAUAUCCUUUUCAAUAGCAAUUAUCAUUAAUAUCAGUAUGAUUCAAGAUUAAUUUCCUGCAUUAGCGAGGUUCUUAUAUAGUUUUGUCUUCAGUUUUGAGAACAAUCUUUCACUGACACGAGCAUUGUGUGUCGACAUUCAAUUAUUUUCCUUUUCUGAAAGAAAAUGUCCGCCGCCAAGUUGAUAUUUUCGCGAACGGAUUUUUUCCCUAACAAAAUUGACGGCUGGGCUAGCUUGCAUAGGCUCAGAAGCCAGCCUAGCCAGGUGAAUUUUAAGGAUAAGGAAACAGUCUGGAUCUGUCCUUCGUCCAGUAAUUCUGGCCCAAAUGUUCUCCUGGCCUUCGUCCGCGUUCGCGUUCGAUUGUCCGAUCACUCAGGCCACUCAGUGCGCUCCUGGAUUUUGUUACAGUACCAGCUGUACCAGCCUGUACUGACCAGCCUCUUACCAGCUUCAUGCCUUCAUAACCAGAUAUUUGGGUUUGCUACACCGUUGUGUGACGCGCGUGGCAACCAGGGCGCUUAUAUAUAUAAGCGCCCUGGACCGGUGGCAACUGUAGCCGGCAGCAAACCAAAGCGCCUAUGUGUUGUGUAUGGCCGUAUAACUAUCAGGAUUGUGGGCAUAUAACUACUUUUGUACAUUUAUUGAUGGAAGUUAGAUGGAAAUUUGUACAUUUAUUAGACUUACCAGGAGGAGUUGCCAAAAAUGCACUAUAGGCUCUCUGGCAGGAAUCGAACCUACGGCUCUGAGUCUAGACCAACCUCGUUCCCAGGCUCUUUCCUCUUGUGAAGCUUCGCAAGAGCAAAGAGCCUGGGGACGAGGUUGAGUCUAGACCUCGCCGCAGGCUAGAGGCUCAGUAGUAUAGACUGGCUCGCCGCUGCGGCGCCCCUAAAAUUGAAGCCAAUUAUCAUUUAUCCCAUUCAACCCUGAGGACCAGUACAUAGACAUAAUCAUCAGCGUAGUUUUUCUGUUUCUAUAUUCAGCUUGCCGCAGAAAUGAACCGUGCCAACAUCGCAUUGUUACUGAUCAAUGAAGGGGCUUCAGCUGCAAUUUGCGACAACGAAGGCAACUCAGCGUUGACACUACUCACAGAAAAAAUGCCUGAUGUCGCUGUACAAGCAAUGGAUCAACUGUACUCAACAGACAACGUCAAUCGUAAAGAGUUCUUCUCUCUUAAUAACUUAGAAGGUACAAAGAUUAACGAAGGACGUACAACCGCUGCACGGACACCACUUGAGAUUGCAGUUCAGAAACGUUGUUUCUCCAUCGUCAUGCAUCCUGUUGUUCAGCGGUUGAUCGAAUUAAAAUGGGAACACUAUGGCAAGUCAGGCGCUAUCUGGGAUCUCAUGUUAAACCUUGGAUACGCAAUACUGUGGACUAUACUCAGUUUAGCAUUGUGUCACGAAGCAAGGCAUAUGUAUUUACCAUUGGGAUCAAAAGGAUGGUUGUUGGGCAUUGUUAUUGUUAUUGUGAUUAUGACUGGGAAUGAAAUUAGAAAACAAAUUAAAGGUAUAGCUGUAGAGACUGUAAACUAUUUUUUUCUACUUCAUCCUGUAGGUAUCCAUAUUAACCUAGAGGGUUCAUAAUAUAUAGAGUCACAAUAAAUCCCGAAUCCCUCGCGCGCGUGUUGAAUUCUCUCACUAUACCGCACGUUUCCACGACCUUUCCUCAUCCCGCGUCCUUCGACCAUUUGACAUGUCGAAUGUUGCUAGUUUUCCAAAACCUCACUUGAUCAACGAACAUAUACUUAAGGAUUAAGAUCUGGGGCAUCUCACUCGAUAGAACUAAAUGUUAGAUGGUUUCUGCAAAUGGAAAGAAAUCUCCAGUGUAAUCAUUAUACAUUUAAUCAUUUAUUAGACCUAAACCUGGAAAAGCUGCGAAAAAAUGCGACUAUAUAAGGCCCUCUCGCAGGAAUCGAACCUGCAGCCCCGCGAUUCCGGCUCAGCGCUCCAAACAACUGAUCGAGCUACAGAGGCCACGUCCAUUUAGUUCAGUGUCUUAUGUCGUAAUUAUGUCAGUGUAUAGGUAAAAUAUCAGAAUUUUUGGGAUCUCGCUCGAUUUUUUCGAUUCCUGCCAGAGGGUCUAUAAUUGCAUUUUUCACAGCUGCUCCUGGUUAGAUCUAAAAUUGUAUAAAAUUUCCACUCGAGAGAUUUCCAUCUACAGAAAUCUAAGUUUCACAUGUGCAUGUUGUCACGAACUGAGUUAAACGUCAAGAAUAAUUAGUUUCGGCUUUACAAAGACUAUUCUUCUGAUUGAAUCACUUGAUACUUACUUGAUAUCAAAUUACCAAGUUACCAAGAUAAAAAGCAAUUUGGUCUACCACUCUACCUUACAUUUAAUUUUUUUUUGAGAAAAAGAACCAAGAUAGCGAAUUGGUGGUCAAAUUUGUUGCCAAUACCGGCAAUUCGACAGUUUUACUUAAUUGAGAGAAUCUUAGUAAAGGAUUCAGAAGCAGCAGACAUUCUUAAUUAAUAACGUAUUUUUUCCAACCGUACCAUUUCAGAUACACUUCACGUUCGCCAACAAGAGAAAGACUGGAUUAACUGGCGAGCUUACAGUCUUGAAGAAGAUCUUGGAUAUUGCCAUCCAGGGAGUACAGGUGAAUGGAAAUAUUUAGCGAAGGAAGUGAAGUCAGUUAGAAAUCAUUCAACAUAUUUCAACAAUGGCGAUGGAUGGAUCUACUUUGAUUGGUUGGCUUUACUGCUUGUUAUCACAACAAUAAUAACGCAUAUUGCAUUCCUGAAAACUGACAGUAACAUUGCUUAUAAAAUCCACAGAUGCAUAUUAAUCAUGUUGUUAUUGGUGCUUUGGAUCCGUAUUGCAAAAUACGCCAGACCUUUUCAAUCAACCGGGCCAAUUGUGGUGAUCUUUUCUCAUAUCUUGAAGGAUAUCAUCAAAUGCUCCUUCCUUUUUGCCAUAUUGUUUAUUCCAUACGCAUGCGCAUUCUGGCUUACAUUUGGUCCAUUUUCUCCAGAACCAGUCACUGGAUACAAUAACUUUGGUGACUUGUUUUAUACCAUGCUUUGUAUGGUUGUUGGAGUAGAUUUUCCGUUUGAAGAUCUACUUUCAGUAGAUCCAUUCAUGGCUCGACUUCUGUGCAGUUCAUUCAUUAUCAGUACAGCAGUCGUUGUGGUGAAUCUCCUCAUUGCAUUGCUCUCCGACACCUUCACACGUCUCUAUAGCAAUGCCGUAGCGAAUGCAGUUAUGCAGAGAGCGCAGAGUAUUUUGCAAAUAGAAAAAACGAUGUGCAAGAAGCGAAAGCAAGAUUAUUACAAGUUUAUGAGAGAUAACUGUAGUCCUCAGGUUGUUUCAAUGGGUUUCAAAAGUCAACCUAAAACUGAGAAAGGGAAUACAACGGAUACAAUAUUGAACGAAAUUAAAACUCUGAAGACUACCGUUGAAUGUUUACAAGGAAAAUGGUAUAUACUAUUCAGUUUGAUAAUUUAAUUUUAUAAAAUCGUUAAAAUUUCCGUAUAAUAGAUUUGAAACUUGUCCAUAUUUCGUAGUGAAUCACGGAAGAUAACAGUCAUAGUUUUGAUAAGCCAGGGACCGCCGAUAACUUACUCGCAGCUCGAAAUUAAACUCCCUAAAUUUCGCAACAAAUUUGGGCUGCGAGCAGGCUGGGGACCGCGCAGCGAUUUUACGAUUGGGAGGGGGGGGGGGGCUGGUGUUGAGAUGAAGUAGUUCUUAGAGUGUCUUUGGGCAUCCCCCCACCCCCUCCCCCAAGAAUAUUUUGAAAAUUACAUUUGAAUUGAAUUUAUCACUGACAAUUAAAAUUACGAUUUACGUAUAGGCGCGUUUAAAACUGCGACACUGUAGAAGUCCAAAACACAUUCAAAACAGUAAUAUGUUUCACCUUUCAAAACUGAUUAUUUUGGUUAAGCCAAUGGCGGUCACGUGGAAAAGAAGAAAUAUAUUUCAACCAGCUGAGCAUGCAACUAUUAGUUUUUAUUAUUGUACUAGUGUACAAAUAUCCCAAACACGAAAGACCAUAUGCGUUCAUUAUAUAUUAUGAAAAUUAAUGGGGGGGGGGGGCGCCUUCCGCUUGUGGUCCCUGUAAGCAGCCUUUGAUCCGUAAGUCUCGCUUCUCGUCUGCAACAAUAAAUAACUUAUAAUUAUGUGACAUGUUCUGACAUUUUAUCAUCUGAUAACUUAUCAAAUAAAUUCAUUAUGCAAUAGUGUUACUGAUUUACCGCUGUAUCAUGUAUCAAUAAUCUCUAUUAUUAUAUACCAACUACACAGCUAAAAACGCACAGGUUGUUCCAAGUUGAUAUCGACAGGCGUGAACAAUGUUGUGCGGCCAACUAUGAACAAGUUGUCAACCAUGUUGUUCCAAGUUGUUACAGUUGAACAAUGCUGUAACAACAUGUUGACAAUACGUUCAUAGUGGUCCGCACAACCUUGUUCACGCCUGUUGAUAUCAACCUGGAACAAGUUGUUGAUUUUCUCAAUUUUUAUGCGUGUGGUAGUAAAGUCGCAUUUUUCUAGUGUUUUAUUGGCUGAGAGCAUAUCACGUGAGAGUGACCGAAAUUAGGCUGUCUCCCUCACAACAGCGCGAGAGGGAGAUAAUACGAUAUCGACCGGCGCGGAAUAACGAAAAAAAAUCACGUGCGUCAUCACGUGAAGAUGCGACCUUUGGAACAUGCCUAAAAGCGUAAAUGCCUAAAACAAUUUAACAUUUCGCUUUAAGUAGUUGCAGUGUUUAAUUUAACGUUUUAACAAUAAAAUAUUUUAUGUAGGCCUAUUUACGUUCAUUUGUUCUUUAAUUUGUUGUUUCUUUGAUCUUUGACUAUUGAUAUAUAAUAAAAUACUUAUUUACUGGAACCUCGGGAAAGCAGUAUGAGUAUGUUUUGUGGACUCUCGACCGUCGAUGUUUCCCUCGGCUUCGCCUCGGGAAACAUCGACGGUCUCGGGUCCACAAAACAUACUGUUUCCCUCGCUCCCAGUAAAUAAGUGUCAAUUAUUUAUACACUCAAUCCACCGUUCCCAUGAUGUAUAAGAAGAGUUAGGUUUUCCUAUUCUUUUAACUGAACAUUUCAAUUUUUUUUCCAGCUACUCAAGACAAGAAAGUACAAGUGCGUCAAUCGGUGAACUUCUAAGACACAAUCACGAAAACACAGUUAAAAUAAAUAAAAUAUUAAAUAUUUUAGUUGCAAAGAAACAAACGGAUCCUGGUAUUUCAGAUUACCUGUUAAAAAGGCAAGAUAUCUCCGAGCAUGUUGAGCAACGUCAUGAAGAUCCUGGGCCAAGACUUCGCAAAGUGCUUCAAUCAAGUGGUAGUAUAUCAACCGUUCAGAACAUUGACAGGAGAACAAGAUACUCUAGUCUUGGUGAAGUAAACGAAGGUUUUGAAGAUAGUGAGUUUCCUGAUACCCUCACAGCAAGAAGGAAUGACAUGAUUGUAGAUAUCAUACGACAUAGAAAGUCAACAUUACGUAGAAGCAGUACAGUGUCUAUCCCAGCGUUCAACUUUCUAGCAACGGGAGCUGCAGGUGGAAGAUCUCGUUCAUUUGCUCGACGUUUUAUACAUUUUAAUAGAACAGACUCCCACCGCGCAAGUUGUGGCAGUAUUUCAUUAUAAAAUACAUGACUUCAAGAAUUUCAAAAGCUGCUAUUACGUACGCUACCACUAAAUACGAUGAUUUAUUGAUGAUUUCUACAGAGUACAGCUUUAAUUGACUAUUUUUGACACACGUACAGCAAUUCAGUGCAAGCAUUCUAAGCAGUGCCCGAGGUCUCUUACUAUCUCUAAUCUCUGUAAAUAGAUUAUUAAGUUCAAAAUCCUAACAUAAAAAUAAUUAGUUACAUGCACUCUCUGGAAAACAUUCACCGGUAAAAGCGGAAUACAUUGGAAUACAUAGGAUUUUACUAGGAGAGUCGCAAUAAUCCUCCGGAAAUAAAAAAACAUGGCUGCAUUCCGAUUUAUCCUUUUAAUUAUAUGUUUAUAUAAAAGAAAAGCUAAUCGUCAUAUAAAUAUCUCAUAUUCUCAUGCCAUCAAUGCAUCAUAUAUUUAAUGCUGGCUCACAUAAAUACAUAAUUCACAUGAUGUGUACAAAUAUUGUAAAAAGGUUUUUUCUAAUUCUAUGGACAAAGCACUCGUAGUAUAUCAACCGGCUUUAAUAUUUAAUUCAAACUGUAUAGUUGUACAAAAUAUACUGGAUAUUGAUAGGAAAAUAUUUAUGUAAUUAUAGCUAGCCAAGUCAGCCAAGGCUAAUAGUAAUAUACU